AUGGAAAAGUCCAAAAUAGUGUCACAAAAUUCCUUAAGAAUAAAACAACGAACGAAAACUCGUGACAAUAUAAAUGUCAGCCAUGAGAUGGACGAUGCUGCCGACGCAAAAAGUGUGCGUCGCGACAAAUGUCUGUCAAACAGCGUUGAUGCCAUCGUAACUCACAAUGAUGCCAAAAGUAAAGUGAUAUGUAGUGCCAAAGGUUUAUUAGAAACUAAUUUAGACGAUCUGUUCAAUGAUGUACAAAAACUGGAUGGCUGGAAUGUGGAGCCAAAGAGCUUAGGUGCCAGUGAACCGACAUUAAGUUUUAGUGAGAAUAAUUCUAAAGCUGUCAAGCGCGAAUCUCUCGUGUCAGAGGAUGACACGGAUGAUGAUACGGCGAGUGAUAGUGACUGCACGGAUGAAGUGGUACGGGAACAGAGGAUAUGUAUGGGAGCUCGCCGCUUCGGGCAUUUGUUGCGGAGGGUCAUAUCUAGAAAUGAAAAGACGUCACCAACACCGAGGUCGGAAGCGCAGCGAAUUGAGAUGGUGCCGGUCAUUUAUUUGUUUUCAAUUGUAGCAAAUUGCUGCCGCUCUGAUUGA